AUGUCCGAACACUCCACCACAAUCACAACCACAACCACAACCACUGCCAUCCCACAAGCCCGUCUCUGCUACCCCAUCCCCGGGCGCUCAAAUGUCUCGAGCGCGCGCGACGAAGCCCUCCGCGUCCGCAAGCUGCGAAUGGAGCACCGCCUCCAAGCCAAUGGCGCAUUCUCAUUCCGUCCACCGAGUACCUGUGCACUCCUGCUACAAGCUGUGAGUCUCUGCCCCGUCGAUGCCUCGGCCCGGACGGAAUUCGUGGAUCGCCACUCGGCCAAGUCCCUAUUCUACAGUCGCGCGAAAGCACUCUAUGAUGAGGACUGGGAGACAGACAAGACAGUGAAGCUGCAGACGUUGUUUCUGCUCAGCUUCUGGCGGGGAGGGCCGUCCGAGGAGCGGGAUAUCAGGUUCUGGUUGGGGAUCGCGAUCAGUCUGGCGCAGAAGCGGGGGAUGCAUGCGAUGGCAAAAUUCUCGCUUUGGUCGGCCAAAGAAGAGAGGCUUUGGAAGCGGAUUUGGUGGGCCCUUUACACUUGCGAUCAACAGAGUGCCGCCGCCCUGGGUCUGCCGCCGCGCAUCCGAGACGAGGAUUGUGAUAUCGCUAUGCUUGCGCCGGAUGAUUUUCGGAAGACCGAGGUGCUGGAUGACACGUCUGUGUUCGGGGUGCAACUGGUGGGAGAUGUGGAGUAUCCGGUGGAAAUGGCCAAGCUUGCGAGAAUACUCCGCACGGUUGUUGCAACGCAGUACUCGCCCACGCCAACUUUAGCCAGCCAGGAGACUCGAAAAGACCUGCAUCGGCAGCUGAUUGAAUGGGAAUCGAGUAUCCCGGCGGAGCUGAGGCAGGAUAGUGCGGUGACUCCGCGGGCAAAAUUCCUCACGGGACUGAUACAUAUGACUUACAACAACCUGUAUAUCCUCCUUUACCGACCACUUUUCCUUCACUCUCCGGAGAAAGGCACGGGUGGAGAGGACCAGAUUGCUGUCGACGCCGCCACGCGAAGCACGAGGAUCGUCGAAGACAUGCUGUCGCACAACCUCGUGCAGCACGGGUCGACUCGUUUAAUCACGCACGUCUUCUCAACAUUGUGCAUGCACACCCUCCAGUUCCGGAGAGAGACAGGGACUGGUCGCAAACUAGCCGAACACCGCGCAAGACUCUGUCUGCUGGGUCUGCAGGAGCUGCAAAAGUCGUGGAACUUGGAGAAUUGGGUCCUUGAGCUCUUCUUUCGGUGUCUAGACAAUAGCACGGCCCGCACUUUGCGGUUGAUGGAGUGCGGCAAGCCUGCAGCCAUUACUACACCUGAUGAGGACGAGGUUAGUGACAAGAACAGGGGCAAUGCGCCAUUGGAUAUGCAUCUUGAGGGUAAUGUGGCUGUACCACCUGUUCUGCAGGCUGAUACAUCAUAUUCGAUCCAACUGUCGUUGAAUCUGCCGAACGAGGAUGAUGUUUUGCAGGACGGGGACGAGUUGUGUAAUGUCAGCGUCAGCGCGGGCCAUACAGAUCAUAUGUGGUCGCCGUCCCACGAUUCGACGAUCAGUCUGGAAAACCUUGAGUAUCUGUAUCGAUUCCUCUAG